GUCUAUAUCGCUUAGAAUUUUAUAGAUAUUGUGUGAUAUUAGCACCAGAUUCAACUUUUUCUAAUAAAAGAACAGUUUUUCUUAAAGUUACACAAAAUGCAGCGAGAUUAUGUGGCCGAUAAAGAAACCAUCAAGUCCUUUUUGACUGAGUUUUACAAGGAAGAUGACGACGGUAAAAAGAUUUUCGUGUACGCUCGGCAGAUGACCAACAUCGCCCACCGUGAGCAGGUUGGAUUGACGAUCGAUUUGGACGAUGUAGCCAGCUACAACGAUCAGCUUGCUGAGGCGAUGCAAAUGAAUGCUAGGCGCUAUGUUAAGCUGUUUUCCGACUCGGUAUUUGGACUGUUACCCUUGUACAAAGAGCGCGAAGUCGUCAACAGGGAUCCACUGGACAUUUACAUUGAGCAUCGGCUUUUGAUGCAAGCUCGCAACAGACAUCCUCAUGAAGACCGAGAUGCACGUAAUUCGAUUCCGGCUGAGCUGAUCAAGCGCUUUGAGGUGUACUUUAAAGCCCCAAGCGUUUCGAAAGCCGUUUCGAUUCGUGAAGUGAAAGCAGACAGUAUAGGAAAAUUGGUAACACUUCGCGGUAUUGUGACCAGAUGUACGGAAGUGAAACCGAUGAUGUCCGUUGCCACUUAUACUUGCGAUCGCUGUGGUGCCGAAACCUAUCAGCCAAUUGCUUCGAUGACUUUCAUGCCAACGGUUGACUGUCCGUCAGAGGAUUGUCGUGUUAAUAAGGCCGGAGGCCGUCUCUAUUUGCAGACACGUGGAUCAAAAUUCUUAAAAUUCCAAGAAUUGAAGGUUCAAGAGCACAGCGAUCAGGUACCGGUGGGUCAUAUUCCCCGUUCUCUUACUGUAAUGUGCCGUGGAGAAACUACGCGGAUGGCCCAACCUGGGGAUCACGUCGUAAUUACUGGUAUUUUCCUACCCAUUCAAAGAUCUGGCUUUAAGGCUAUGGUUUCCGGUCUGCUGAGUGAAACCUUUUUGGAAGCUCACAGAAUUGCCUGUCUUAACAAGUCAGAUGAUGGAGAUACCAGCAAUGAGCUAACCGCUGAUGAAUUAGCCGAAUUGGCUAAAGAUGACUUUUAUACUCGAAUCGCUAGCAGUUUAGCACCGGAAAUUUACGGUCAUCUUGAUGUGAAAAAGGCUCUGCUGUUGCUUUUGGUUGGUGGUGUGGACCGCAGUCCAGAUGGUAUGAAAAUUCGCGGUAACAUCAAUAUUUGCUUGAUGGGAGACCCUGGAGUAGCCAAGUCACAGCUAUUAGGCUACAUCGAUCGUCUCGCAGUACGGAGUCAGUACACAACCGGUCGUGGUUCAUCUGGUGUUGGUUUGACGGCUGCCGUUAUGAAAGAUCCCUUGACUGGGGAGAUGUUGCUCGAAGGAGGAGCACUUGUGUUGGCCGAUCAGGGAGUAUGCUGCAUUGAUGAGUUCGACAAGAUGGCUGAUUCGGAUCGCGUUGCUAUUCACGAAGUUAUGGAGCAGCAGACCAUUUCGAUUGCCAAGGCAGGAAUAAUGACCUGUUUGAAUGCUCGAGUUUCGAUUCUGGCUGCUGCCAAUCCGGCCUAUGGCCGGUACAAUCCUCGCCGCACUAUUGAGCAGAAUAUUCAGCUUCCAGCUGCACUUCUGUCCCGUUUCGAUCUGCUGUGGUUGAUUCAGGAUAAGCCAGAUCGUGAUAAUGAUCUUCGUUUGGCCAAACAUAUUACCUUUGUGCAUAGCCACGGCAAGCAACCACCGUCGCGGAUCAAGACGCUAGACAUGUCUUUGAUUAGACGUUAUAUUGCCCUCUGCAAGCGCAAGACUCCUGUCAUUACUCCGGAACUUUCCGAUUAUAUUGUAAACGCCUACGUAGAGCUGCGUCGCGAAGCGCGCAACAAUCGGGACAUGACUUUUACUUCCGCCAGAAACUUACUGGGUAUUCUUCGUUUGUCGACUGCUUUGGCUCGUCUGCGACUCGCGGAUGAAGUCGAUAAGGACGACGUACUGGAAGCUCUGCGACUGUUGGAGAUGUCAAAGGAUUCGCUGAAUCAGACCGAGCAGAAAACUACACACGUUCAAAAUACGUCGGAUAAAAUCUUUGCCCUGGUGCGGGAGUUGGCCGGUGCCAGCAAAACCGUCAAGAUUUCGGAUGUCAUGGAGCGGUGCACCACGAAGGGCUACAAGCCGGAUCAGGUGGAUAACUGCAUCGAGCAGUACGAGGAGUUGAACGUUUGGCAGGUCAAUCAAACCAGAACGAAACUCACGUUUAUUUAAGUUUCCUAUUUUAUCUAUUUGUAUUUCGUAUUUUUUUAUGUGUUGUAGUUGUAGCGUGUCGGUUGGAAUGGAUAACACUACAGUUUUUUAAUAGUUUUUCGAAAAUGUACGUUGAUCUGUGUUUAAGAAAUUAUUUACUGCAAUUUUUUGACAAAGUAACUAUUUCAAAACACAAUUGUAUCAAUAUAGACACCACCAUAUAGAGAUACGCAAGAUUGGUU